GUCCGCGCGUGCGACCUUCCUUCCGUGCAUCCGUCCAUCAAGACACAAAGACCUAGGCACCUCAGAAUGGAGUAGCCAUGGAGUGAAGAGUCCCAACACUAGUCUCCCAAGUUUUUGAGGUGGAAAAAAUACGGUAAGUUGUUGUGUAAGGGAAGUUCAAUGACAGAUCUGAGGCCUUAAUCUAAAGCACUUUGUUUCUGGUUUAGUUUUGCCCAAGUUUGACGUGACCGUAUACGCACCGCAGACCUACAGCGUUGCAGUUAUGGGACUGAAAGUUGAGUCUUGUGCCAAAUGUACAUAUGGCCAACCUGUACCUGGUCAAGCCUUAGUGGAAGUGUGCCGUGAUCCAUUUCCAUACAGUCUGAGUCAGACACUGUCUGAUCAAAUUAUGAAGCAAACAGUAAAGAUGAAUGCCACGGGCUGUGCCUCUCUUACUGUUGAUGUGUCGGUGUUUUUCAACACCAAAUUUGAAGACCAAAUGCAAGACACAUUUCUUGUAAAUGUUACUGAGGAGGGAACAGAUGUAAUGGUGUCAAUCUGCAAUGGUGUCCUUUACAAACAAAGCUGUAAAUCUCUUGGAGGGGAGCAACUGGUCCAACAAACUUCUGUUGAAUCUAACCACAAACAAGAAUGGACGGGCUGCGUUCUCCCUAAACACUGCUAAUCUUAAGGCUGAUCUGAAUCUGGUGAUACAAGUGACCGUGGCGUAUUCAUUUGUGGAGAGGCUGGUAGCUACAGCGCUGACAAUCUAUAUGGUCUUAUCCAAAGGAGUGAUCAUCCUCCAUGGAUUUCAGACGGUUAAAGCAAAGGCUGGUGAUGCAGUCACAAGUGGCUGUGUGACGUUCCAGUUGUCUUUCAGCGUUGAUUAUGGCUCCAGCAGUGCAGAUUCUGGUCCACAGCGUUCUUCCCAGUGAGAAUGUAGUUGCUGCUAGUGUGCCGUGUGACACUGAUAUGUAUUUCCAGAACCAGGUACUGUAUGAUGUGGCUAUUUUUCAA